AUGAUUGGUUCUGAGAGUUCCUCACUUAUGGGGAGCAAAAGGUCAAAUUCUAGGGGUUCAGAUGCUGGUAGUGUUGGAUCAAGUUCUGAUUCAAUUAGAAUUACUCUGCAAACCAGUAAUGAAACUAUAAGAGAUGGGAAUAAGAGUCGUAAUGUCAAGGAUACGAAUCUAUCUUCACCUUCCUUGUUGAAGAACAAUGAGAGGACAAAGAAGAGUUCUGAUUCCGUUUCUUCAUUCGAUAGGUCGAUUGCUGUUGCAAUUAAAUCGACUCCUGCAGAUCCACAAUUGUCUAAAAUCAAACCUGUUUCAGGUGCUACAACAAAUUACGAUGAUUCUGUUGCAUGGAGAUCGGUAGCAGAUCUGGCUAAAAAAACUGAUAAAUUGAUAGAUAAUAAUGAUCCUCAAAAUAGUUCAUUCAAUUCUUCGAAUUCAUUUUUCGAGAAUAUUAUUUCUUCAUUGUCGUUUAAGUCAAAUGAAGAUUCUAGAUAUAAGGAUCAGUUUAGAAAUUCAAGAUCAAGUUUAAAUAAAAUCAAUCAAAAGACUACAGAAUCGUCAUUGAAAUAUCCUAACCCAAUGAGUAUCGGAAGGUUAAUGAGUGAAGAUAUUUCGUCAGUUUCAUCCAAUGAUUCUUACAUUUCAAAAUCAAGGCUUCCAUAUAAUGAUAGAAGCUUAGAGGCCAUCCAUAAGUAUGCUUCUAGUGAUGAAAAUGAUUAUUUUCAUAGCCAAUUCUUAGAUAUAAGUGUUAACGAAAGAUUGAUUGAAAAGUUUGAGUGUACUUUUACUAACGAACAUACUUUAAAGGGUAAGAUAUAUAUCUCUGAAAAGCACUUGUGUUUCCAUUCUAUUACUUUCAGUGAUCCAUUAAGGUUAAUAAUACCCUUUAGUGAUACUCUAUCGAUAGAAAAUGUCCUUUCUGGAGAACUUCAUUCGAAUUCUAUACUAGUUGUCACAAAUUAUGACAAGUAUCAAUUUAGUGAGUUAUCUUCAAAAGCUAUAGUUUUGGAGUUAGUCAGGGACAUUUGGCUAAAAGUAGCCGAAAUAUCUACAGAGACCUCAGAAAUGGAAAGAUUGAGAAGAGCUAUUUCACCAACGUUACUUGUAGAAAGGCAGCAAUCGUUUGAUCCACUUUUCGCAAACAAACCAUAUUCGGAGUUGAUCCAUCCAAGUGUUCCAUCUAGUAGAAGAUCACACAGUAGUAAUAAUGACGCUAUUAUUGAUAAUGUUAUAAGAUCAAUAGACGAUGGCUCAUUAGAUAAUAAAGAAACCUUCUCUAGUGAUUCAUCUUCUACAGAUGGAAUUGAGAGAAUCACUAAUGAAAUUCUUUUAGAGGCAAAUGAAAUCCAACCUCAAAAUGGAAUACGUUUUAAAAAGGGUUCAAACUUUUCUUAUAAUGGUCCUAGAGUAUUUCAUGAAACUCAUUUCCCUACAAAGAAGCAUAAAAAUGAAUUUAUUUUAUGUGACACAGAAUUUAAUGUCCCUCCAGGUAUACUAUAUGAAUUAAUGUUUUCAGAGAAUAAUACAGAAUUUUGGCCAGAGUUUUACAAAACUCAGGAUAUAUCUAAUUUUUCCAAAAUCAGUAAGUUCGAUAAGAAAGAUAAUGAUGGAUUGUCUUACAGGGAAUACAAUUAUAUCAAAGGUUUGCAUUAUCCCGUAGGCCCUAAAUCAACUCCAUGCUAUGUGACUGAUACUAUUGUACAUUUAGAUUUCGAAAAUUUUAUUGAUAUUAUAAAUGUCACCAAAACUCCAGAUGUACCAAGUGGGAAUAGCUUCCAUACUGACACUAGAUAUCUAUUCAGAUGGUCUUCCCCAACAACCUGUAACUUAAGAAUUUCAUAUUGGAUUACUUGGACUGCAUCAAGUUGGAUCAAGGGAAUGAUUGAAUCUAGUUGCAAAAGUGGACAAAUUGAUACAGCCACUGCAAUCGUCCCAUUCAUAGAAGAUUUCAUUGAUAAAUACACAUCGAUCGGCAUGUUAACACAGGAAAUAGAAGGAGGUGACAGAACAAUCAUUGCGAAAUCUGAUCUUUCAAUGGUUCAAGCUACAGAUAAAAACUACUAUGAAGAAUUGAUUAAGGAGCAGAAGGAAGAAUUGGUAAAAUUAAGAAGAGAAAUUAAAUCAAAAUCAAGAGUAAUUAUCGUUUUACUACUAUUAAUUCUUUCACUAUUUAUUGCAAUUCUAGUUCACGAAGUUCUAUCACAUAAACUGUUACAAAUAAUAGAAGAUUCGAUACAACUAUUAAAUACAAAAUAA